GUUCGCCAGGGGCAAAUGUGUGUGGUAUGCGAAGACGUUUAAUGUUUUAGAGUUACCUCCCAUUUCGAUCCACGAUGGCUGCCAGGAAUCCCGGAGUUGAAUUCGAUGAGAGCUGGUUUCAGAAUGUCAACAUUAACCUGGCAGCUGUGAAGCGUCGGGCAGACACUCUGGGCACACGGAGGACAGUGAAGAAACAAUGGCAGGCUGCAUGGCUGUUGCGGGCAGUCACCUGUAUCGAUCUGACAACAUUGGCUGGGGAUGACACGCCAGCCAACGUGUCACGGUUAUGUUUCAAAGCCCGACAACCGAUCCGAGAGGACCUGCUGAAAGCAAUGGACAUGUUGGACAAAGGCAUCACUGUCGGGGCAGUCUGUGUGUACGCCAACAGAGUGUCCGACUGUGCGGCUGUGCUCAAGAAGUCCAAUGCUAAACAGAUCCCUAUUGCAUCAGUUGCCACUGGGUUCCCCACGGGACAGGUGCCCCUGAAGACGAGGCUGGAGGAGAUCGGAAUAGCUGUAGCAGAUGGAGCCUCCGAGAUAGACAUCGUCAUCAACAGGCACUAUGCACUCACAGGCAACUGGAAAGGUAUUUACGAAGAGGUGAAGCUGAUGAGGGAGGCUUGUGGGGAGGCUCACAUGAAGACGAUCUUGGCCACCGGGGAGCUGGGGUCGAUGGUGAAUGUGUACAAGGCCAGCAUGGUGUGCAUGAUGGCAGGUGCUGACUUCAUCAAGACAUCGACUGGGAAGGAGGGAGUGAACGCAACAUUCCCCGUUGCGCUGGUGAUGGUGAGAGCCAUACGGGAGUACCACCAGAGGACCAGCUUUAAGGUCGGGUUCAAACCUGCAGGGGGGAUCCGGACAGCCAAAGAUUCGUGUACCUGGCUCUCAAUGAUGAAGGAGGAACUGGGAGAUGAUUGGACCAAACCAAAUCUGUUCCGUAUCGGCGCCAGCAGUCUGUUGGGGGACAUUGAACGGCAGAUAUUCCACUACGUCACCGGACACUAUGCUGCAGCUCAUGAGCUGUCAAUGGCGUAGGUUUGAUGUCAACGAAUCACAGAUACACACAUAUAAUUAUGGUGUUGGUCAUUGCCACUGAGAUCGCAGUGUGAUAGUCAGACGUAAGGACCAGGUAUUUCCGAGAAUCAUUUAUAUAAACUGGUUUUGCUCAGUUGUUGAGGGUUGGUCAGCCUUAGAAAUUUGUUUUUCUUAAGACUGCUUCAGAGGACUUGGGAAACCAUAUUUCCUUGUCCUGGUGCCCGAGAUAAGGCAGGACUGGCAAUAUACAUGAUGUAAAUGAUACAUACAACUGAUGCUUUGAUAUGUGUUCAAAGUAACAAAAAAGCUUUUUGCUUUGUAUAUCAUGAUGAAACACUUAAUAUAUGCAUGUUAUCGCAAAGAACACAUUUUAUUUUGUGAUUGUUUUUUUAAAAAUGUUUUUCGUCAUUAUGUAUGCUAAUGUACUCAAGAUUUAACAUAAGAUCACAGUCUUGAAAAACAUGCUUACCAUUGCGAAUGUAUCUUGAUAGGAAGCAUGUGAAGAUACGGGUUAGAAUAGGUCUUCAGCAACCCAUGCUUGCCGUAAAAGGCAACUAUGCUUGUUGUAAAGGGACUAACAGGAUCGGGUGGUCAGGCUCGCUGACUUGGUUAACGCUUGUCAUCGUAUCCCAAUUGCGUGGAUUGAUGCUCAUGAUGUCAAUCACUGGAUUGUCUGGUCCAGACUCGAUUAUUAUACAGACCGCCGUCAUAUAGCUGGAAUAUUGCUGAGUGCUGCAUUUAACAACAACAAAAACAACAAAGGAACAAUGCUUAUAUACUUAUCCACUUUUGAUAGCGAUAUUUUUAUCUUAUGAUGAUCAUGAUGCUACACAGAACUGAUUCUCAUAAUACGGAAGUGUAUAUUUUAAUCGAAUGACAUAUCUGAUUAUUCCUUUUAAAGGUUGAGUAUAAACAAGUAAACAAGAAGAUUAAGAGUGAAAUAAUGUUUCUCCAAGAUCAUAAUGAAGUGUACAGAAACCGUUGAAGCGAUGUUUAAACAGAGCCCCCCCAGCAUUUAAAAAUUGUAAAUUUUCAAACAUAUUUUCUGAAACUGACCUUGACAAUAUGAAAAUGUUCAUCUCAGGACCUAUUGCAGUUUUGAAGGAGCUUCGAACACUGGCUCCCUUGUUUAGUUUGGAAAAAGUAUUUCCAUAAUUCUCAGGAAAAUGUAUGCAGUUUCGAAAAUGGUCAGUAAAUGGAGGAUAUUUGAAUCCAGAGUAAUGUCAUAGUUGUUAUGCAGGGACACAGGGAAUCAACACAAUGUAGGCAGAUAGGUGGAGAUUUAUUUUGGAACAGGAUGCACGAGAUAAGAGGUUAUCUACUGAUGUAGAGAGAGCAGGAUGGACUUAUGGGCUGGUGGACUUGUGGGCUGAAACACUUGCUGUACAGAGUUGCCUCCCUUAGCUGCUAAGAACUGUUUGUUAAUUGAUGAUAAAACGGUUUGUCGUGCUGAAGAUGCAGUUUCGAUUCCCCACAUGGGUAGGUAUGAGGAGCCCUUUCAUGGUGUCCCCAGCCAUAAGGAUGAAAUUAUGCUGACAGUAAAACCCGAACUCACUCACUCACUCCUGGACAUUGAGGUUGAUGCGAGCCUCUAUAUGUGUUGACAAUACUAUGGCUGCCUGGUAGGGACUUCCUCUCUUUGACAGAUUUGCCCUCAGUCUUGAUAGAAGAGUGUUCAUAUUGUUUUUCUUGACAGCUGAAGUCAGCAAUAUCUUUAUUAUUUAACCAUUUGUUAUUUUGUUUGGAUUGAAUGUAGAUUACUUGUUUAUGGUUUUGUUUUGGUUUUAUUCUUAUCAUCUGUUGUGUGUGUUAUGUGUAGGUGUUCAUCCAGCCCAGGAAACCCUGUACCAGUUGGAAGUCAUGUUUUGUUAAAGAUAUUGGCUGAGUGAACACCAGUUACAUAACUUUUUUUUAAAUAACUUCUUUUUUCAAAAUGAAGCCAUACUUUUUUAUUCAAUUUGCAUGCAGAAAUGGGUGUGUAGGAUAAAUAUUUUUCUCAGUUUGUAACUUGUGAUUGUGUAGAAAAGACAGAAUUAGGACAUUAAGAUACUACAUACUGACCUCAGUAGUUUCAGUGAACACGAUCAAGAAGGUAAACUGCAUUUAAGGCUGACAAGUAAUAGCAUUUUAGUCUCUGGCACUGACUUUUGACAUGUUGGUUGAGUGUAUUCUCUUUACUAUUGGGAAAAAAUGCCUUUUGUUUUUGUCUCAAAUCAGAUCAUAUGCAUAUGCAUUCAUUUAUUGCAAACCUAUAUUUCUAUUUUGACUAGGCAUGAAUCACCCUCGAAAUAUGAAAACUUGCUGUGUCCAGAGUGAUUCCUCAGUCUUGUGCUUAGUGUAGAGUCAGGAUAUAUAAUGGUAUAUAUAUACAGGAAACAUGCCUUCAUCACUCUAGAUCUUGCCAUAAGUUGACAAAUUAAUUGUCAUCCUUGUUAUUAUGUUGAUUUGUUUUGUUCAUUCUUUUUCUUUUCAUAUGUAUUUUGAGGAAAUAAAGACAAUUGAUAUCCAAAUUACAAGAGCAUAUAGCCUAUAUGACAGUGUAUUUGUGUGGGUACAAGCCUGGAAUGUUAACACUGACUUGGGCCCCUUUCCUUGAAGCAAUCUUUGGUCUAGGAGGAUUGUAACUCCCAUACAUUAUCAUAGACUUAGAGAUAACAUUGCCUUGUGGAAAUGGCGCCCAGCGGUGCUCUCUUCCAUGUGAACCAAUCACCAGAUUGGCUACCUUCCAGCACCUCUGGUCACUUUGUCAGCAGUUGCAUGUAACAAUUAUUCCAAUACCAGAACUAAAUAGUGGAUGAUACAAGAUGAUAGGUGGCUGAAAAUAGUGCAUCAGUGUUCUUUUAUCUAAAUGCUGUACUCUGUUCCCCCAUUAAGCAAUCUUUGUGCCAUAAGUGUAUGCUAGUAAAUGAGAGUCAUGAUGCCGUAGACCCGAAUCACUUUGUUUUCAGUUCUCGAACUGAUCUCAUUGCUAAGCCUACAGCAAACCUGUAUGGAAGUUCAAGUAUAGAUUUUGAUUGUCCAUUAUACUAAUACAGUCAAGUGUUCUUGUAGUACAAACAGAGUUUUGAGAGAUGACCUUUGUAAGCAGUUGUUGUUUACCUACAACCAUCAAAGCACUACAGGUGUUCAACACAGACUUCAGCAGGACCCAAGAUGAGUGAUUGGAACAGAGCCAAUCUACUCCCUGACAUCCACCCCCACCCCCACUUCCUCCCCCUCCUUAUCCUUCUAAUGCCAAUCACACCACUGUGUGGAUGUUGCCUUGUCAGGCUGACGUGGAUGUGUAUAUUAUAUGUUAUUCUGCCAUUGUGUGGCAGUUAUUAAAGCAUUACUUAUAUAA